CCUCCUACGAGCGGCAUGCAGCAUAUAGCGGACGCAUGUAGGGCUACAUACGCUCAGAAAGGGCACAUAAUCACGCAGCUGUUCUUUUUAAUCGGACGUGGAGCGGUGGUGUCGUUGGAUGGGGAGAUGGAAAUGCGACGGGCCGACAGCGACCCGACGACACUUUCAGUAGCCCACAAGCAAACUUUGAACGAUGAAUCCUUCCCACAGGUCGGCCUAUAGGCUAUGGGAUGCGUUGAAUGGAUAGGGGCAUCGUUCGAUGAUUUAUUGCGGAUAGCACCUGUUGCGCAAUUGUAAUGGAUCAUCUGUUCAGGAGGAAGCGGUCCGGUCUGAUGAAGAUUCUGAUUAGUUUAUCCCUGGUGUUGGUCUGUCUGCUGAUGAUCCAGAGAUUCAACCGUGUGGAUAAGGACGACGAGGUCGGGGCGACUCUGAGGCACGCGAGCUGGUUGUGCGGAUCCGAGUGUGAGUCUUCGAAAGAGAAGCUGUUCACUAAAAGCCGCCCGACCAACGACUCCUCGGCUGUGACCCGCGAGGAACCGGAGGCGCCAAGUCGGGCGAACGUGUCUAGCGCGCCGCCAACGGCCGCCUGGGACGUGCGCGUAACGAACUGCAGCGAGGACACCGCGAUGAGGACGCAGGACUGGUUCCGGCGUCUGGACUCACGUUUUCACCAGUUUGUGCUUCACAGACAUUGCAGGUACUUCCCGAUGCUGAUCGACCACCCGGAGACGUGCAGGGACGGAGACGUGCGCCUGCUUAUAGUGGUCAAGUCCGUCAUACAGCAGCACGACAGGCGCGAAGCCCUGCGUAAGACAUGGGGACGGCUGCAGACCCUGGGAGGGAGAAAAACAAAGACACUGUUCUUGUUGGCCAAACCGUCGGACGUCAAAGACGCGAAAAACCUGCAAAGGCUUAUCGAGUACGAGGACAGGAUCUACGGGGACAUUCUGCAGUGGGACUUCAUGGACACGUUCUUCAACCUCACUUUGAAGGAGGUGAACUUUCUUAAAUGGUUCGACAUUUACUGCCCCGACGUGGAGUUUAUAUUCAAGGGGGACGACGAUGUGUUUGUGAACACCGACAAUCUGCUGGAUCUUAUUGCUUUCCGGGCGGGGGAGAAAGACGCGAACUUGUUUAUUGGCGACGCCAUCUCCAAUGCCAGGCCGAUUAGAAACCGCACAAACAAAUACUACAUCCCCAAAGAGCUGUACAACAAACCCGUAUACCCUCCGUACGUCGGAGGUGGAGGGUUUCUAAUGUCUGGCCAAUUGGCCAGGCGACUCUUUGUGGUCUCGGAGGAUCUGGAGAUGUUCCCGAUCGACGACGUGUUUUUAGGCGUGUGCCUGGAGAAGCUCCAGCUGGCCCCAGAGAAACACCCGGGAUUCAAGAGCUUCGGCAUCACCAAGUCCAGGCGCCUGUCCAGUCGGAUGAACACCGAGCCCUGUUUCUUCAAGGGUCUUAUCAUGGUGCAUAAAAUGAGUCCAAAAGAGCUGCUCAACAUGUGGACCGUGUUGCAAAACGAAGAGCUGAUUUGCGCAAGGAGGACGUUUGUGUGACGCGAGGCAGUGCGCCUUACGCACGGGGCAUAUGCCUACUUUCCCCGUCGUCUCAAGGAGGCCAACUAUUAUACCGACAUUUGUUUCUAAUGUGACACACCAAACAUAACUUAUUGUUUCUCUCAGCCAAUGUAGGCCUAUGGUCCGCAUUCUGGCAUGCGCAACCACUCAUUUUAGUCUCUUAUGGGCUCCCAUAUGCUACAAAAGGUAACACUGGACACAUUGCACUCAUGGUAUUGGGGUUAGACCAUGGAGGAAAAUGUCCAGCAAAUGGCUAAUCUUAUUCUAACGACGUGGUAUCCAAUAACUGCAUGACGCCUGAACAGGUACAAUCGUGCCAUCGUUGUUCAAUCUCAGGGUACACCUAGCCUCAUGAUGGAUACCAGCUCAUUCAUUCAGCGCACUCGAGAAGAUCGGAAGAAAAAAUGACCAAACAGAAUAGAUUUACUCAAUGAAAAGGUUGCAAAUGACUCAAGUUUAUCAAUGCAGCCGUGUGGGAGGAAUACGUUACACGUGUUUUAUUUAAUAAAGAUGAUUGUUGAUGGUAUAGGGUUGACGUCUAAGUAAGUUCAUUGUUAGUCAUUGUUUAAUUAAUGUUCAUUUUUAAAGGGUUGAAGGUUAAUUUUCAAGUUUAAAACCAAAGAUCAAACUGUACCUCUGUGUGUGUACAUAGAACUGCACAACUCAAUAGACUCUAAUUCAUGUUUAAUUGCUGAGCACAUUUUCAUUGGGGAAUUCGGUAGAUUAAAAGGUCUGUUGCAGAUGUUUAAUAAUUAAAGUGUGUUUGCAUUUAUUUCCAAUUCAUGGAAUGGUUGUGUUUAAAUGUUGCUGAAGGGUAUUCACAGCAAUUGGUUUCAAAAUCGAAAUUACAGUAGGGUGGCAUACAUAAUAAGUAUUAUUUUGGUAUCGCAAUUUCACUUUAUUACACAAAAUAAUUAGAAGAUCAGAAACAGUGAAAGAUAUAUUUCACACAAAAUACUGAGAAAGGGAAGAUCGAAGUGCAAUUCAAAUGGCUAUAUAGUUUGCAAUUUCAAUGCAUUCCAAAGCAGACAGAAUAUCCUACUUUCAAUACAAAGCAAAACUCAGGUGACUAAUUUUACCGGAUGCAAAAAUUACUAUCUUCAAUUACUAUCUUUAGUUUACCCGUUUUUGGGUCCCAAAAUACAAAGAGAAAAAUAUUUUUUCUUCAUGUUGAAGUGCAACGUGUUCUAUCCAAACAAUACGACGGUCCAUGCAAAUGCCAAAAAGGACCAUAUGUGUUCACAUAAAACAUUUGCUACUACAAGACAUGGCAACCUAGAACUAAAUAAGAUAAUUCUACUGACCGGGUAACGUGUGAACUGUAUGGCCCUUUGAGACUAAUUGUAAAAAAAGGUCUUUACAAAUAAACGUGAGGAUCUUCUUUAAAAAACAUCUGGCCCAACGUGAUUUAUGUGAUUUGCUGUGUGCUGUUCACGACUGAAACCCGGACCUGAGAAUGUUCGAUGCCGUAACUUGUUGUGAAAUAUGAAAAGCAACACUUUGCAUCACAUGGAUUAUAGAUCAGGAUUAAGUACUAGAAAUAAGGAUGCGAAACAAGUGCUAGAAUCUCAUACUG